AGAGACGCAUGCGCGGUGCAGGGGCGGUGAGCGGUUGACGUCGGGGCGCGCGGCGGACGUUCGCGUGCCGCCGGCGGACGGAGCGGCCCGGCCCGGCCCGGGCCCUCAGGGCGGCGAUGGCGGCCGCUGCCGGCGGCGGCUCGGGUGCGCCCGUGGAGACGCCCGCCGCCGCCACUGCCGCUGCUACUGCUGCGGAGGCCGGCGCGGUGCUGCAGCGGGAGCCGCUGUACAACUGGCAGGCCACCAAAGGCUCGCUGCGGGAGCGCUUCGCCUUCCUCUUCUCCAACGAGCUCCUCAGCGACGUGCACUUCGUGGUGGGCAAGGGCAGCCCCCGCGGCGGGGGCGGGGGGGCACCCCCCGGGCCUGGCCAGCAGCGCAUCCCCGCCCACCGCUUCGUCCUGGCGGCCGGCAGCGCCGUCUUCGACGCGAUGUUUAACGGCGGCAUGGCCACCACCUCGGCUGAGAUCGAGCUGCCCGACGUGGAGCCCGCCGCCUUCCUGGCGCUCCUGAGGUUUCUUUAUUCAGAUGAAGUUCAAAUUGGUCCAGAAACAGUCAUGACUACUUUAUACACUGCUAAAAAGUAUGCAGUCCCAGCCCUGGAAGCACAUUGUGUGGAUUUUCUAACGAAACACCUCCGAGCAGAUAAUGCCUUUAUGCUGCUAACUCAAGCUCGUUUAUUUGAUGAACCUCAGCUUGCUAGUCUUUGUCUUGACACAAUAGACAAAAGUACUAUGGAUGCAAUAAGUGCAGAAGGUUUUACUGAUAUUGAUAUAGACACAUUAUGUGCAGUUCUAGAAAGAGAUACCCUUAGUAUUCGAGAAAGUAGACUCUUUGGAGCUGUUGUUCGCUGGGCAGAAGCAGAAUGUCAAAGACAACAACUGCCUGUGACAUUUGGAAACAAACAAAAAGUCCUUGGAAGAGCUCUUUCCUUAAUCCGUUUUCCAUUAAUGACUAUUGAAGAGUUUGCAGCAGGCCCUGCUCAGUCUGGAAUCUUGUCAGACCGGGAAGUCGUAAAUCUCUUUCUGCAUUUUACUGUCAAUCCUAAACCUAAAGUAGAUUAUAUUGACCGACCAAGAUGUUGCCUUAGAGGAAAAGAAUGCAGCAUUAACAGGUUUCAGCAAGUGGAGAGUCGCUGGGGCUAUAGUGGAACAAGUGAUCGGAUUAGGUUCACAGUUAAUAGAAGAAUUUCCAUAGUAGGAUUUGGAUUGUAUGGAUCUAUUCAUGGACCCACAGACUAUCAAGUUAAUAUACAGAUAAUUGAUUAUGAGAAGAAUCAAACACUAGGACAAAACGAUACUGGAUUUAGUUGUGAUGGAACGGCCAGUACAUUCAGAGUUAUGUUCAAAGAACCAAUAGAGAUAUUGCCAACGGUUUGCUACACAGCUUGUGCAACAUUGAAAGGUCCCGAUUCCCACUAUGGAACAAAAGGUUUGAAGAAAGUGAUCCACGAAUCUCCUACUGCUAGCAAAACAUGCUUUGUCUUUUAUAGUUCACCAGUAAAAUUCAUUUUUGGAACUGGAAAAUCCUUACUCAUUAUGAACUUCUUGUCCUAAAAAGACAGUAAAGCUGCUGCUGUAGUUCUAGCAUAUACUUCUUUCCAAAAUGACCUUGGAAUGACCUUAUGGACAUGAAUUGCUACUUUUUUUUUUUUUUUGAAGUACAUCAGCAAAGCUGGAUUCAUAUUGCUGUCAUCUUGACUUUUUGGAUGUGCCAUGGAGAAUUAAUGGACUUGGCACUGCAGACAGCACCUGCAGCUGCACUGAAGAAAUACUGUGUCAAAUUCAGCAAUAAACAGAUCUUUCCAGAAUCUCUCUUAAUUCAGAAGGGCUGUUUUGGAACUUAGAGCUGGUUAUGGAAAUAGCCACUGUAUAUACAUAUGUGCCUGUAAGAAAAUGUAUAAUGUGAAAAUAAGAAUACAAGACUACAAUGUUAUUUUAUCAUUGCAUAUUCUAAUAUUAAAAAUUAGUAUAAACUAAGGUUUAUUUGUGUGCAACUAGUUCUACAGCUUGCAUACAAUAAUUUGAUGCAAUUGAUGUAUGUAUAUAGUACGCAGUGUCUUGCAAUAUGUGCUGUGUAGUAGUAGAACUUCAUGUACAAAAUCCUGUACACAAAUCCUCCCACAAAUUAUAGUAAAGUAUUAAUUUGAGAAUACAGAU